UGUGUCUUAUUGUGAUUCACAAAAACCUCCAUGAGCCCAUGUACAUUUUUAUUGCUGCUUUGUUAAUCAACUCUGUUCUUUUCAGUACAGGAGUCUAUCCAAAACUKUUGAUUGACUUUUUAUCUGAAAAACAGGUCAUAUCGUAUACAGCUUGUCUCUUCCAAGUUUUUGUGUUUUACUCUUUGAGUUGUUCAGAGUUUUUACUGCUGGCAGCCAUGGCCUUUGACAGAUAUGUGUCUAUAUGUAAACCUUUGCAAUAUCACACUAUCAUGAGAAAAACAACUGUAAGUGUUUUCCUUGUAUUAUCAUGGCUUAUAUCUUUUUGUCAUAUUGCUGUGCCAGUCAUAGGGAACGCUAAUCAAAAACUCUGCAGCUUUACUUUGAAAGGAAUUUAUUGCAACAACUUACUAAACUAUACUUUCUGUGUGAGUUCAAGAGGACUGUUAAUAUUUGGUUUAGUUGCUCUGUUUGAUAUCUGUCUUCUACCUAUUAUGUUCUUUAUAAUGUUCACUUAUACAGUCAUUCUUGUAAUUGUUUAUAGAAGUUGCAGAGAAGUCAGGAAGAAAGCUGCACAGACCUGUUUGCCCCACCAGCUGGUUUUAAUUAAUUACUCAUUUUUGCUUACUUUUGACAUGAUCAUAGUUCGACUGGAAUCAAGUAUUUCCAAAAUUGCGAGUUUUGUUAUUAUGCUGCAAAUGAUAACAUAUAAUCCUCUUUGUAAUCCAAUCAUAUACGGACUAAAAAUCACUGAAAUUUAUAAACACCACAAAAGGCUGUUCAUCAAGACAAGAUUGUACCUGGCUGCAAUGCAUUCCAAUGAAAAUGCACAUCUGCCGGCAACUACUUCAUCUGGAGAGCCCAUGCAGAUUAUUCCUUCCCAAUCACUGUCAAGAGAUCCGACCGCACCAAUCACCGCCAGGAUUGGAAUCAAACCCGCUGAGCCCUCACUGGACCCCCAGCAGAGAAGAGAGUGCGACAGGAAGAGAAGCCACAGAAAGGAUCGAAGUGGAAACCGAGAGGAGAAGAAGGUCAAGCGGCAGAAGGAGCAGAAAUGA